UUACGUGGGGAGGAGGGGGCAAUGCGCUCCAAGAUGGCGGCGGCGACAGCGGCGAGGGGGAGAAGCAGCGCUGGCAGCGGGAGCAGCUAGUGGGCAGGGGGAGGGGCUCCGGCCCGGUCCGAGAGAGGGGGAGGAGGAGGAGGCGGAGCCGGGCUGCGGGUCGGGGAGGGGGUGCCGGAGGAUGGCGGAGCCGCGCCGGGUGCCGUUCGUGAGCCUGUCACCCGUGAGGCGCCGAGAGGGCGCCGAGGCUCCGGGGCCUGAGUCCGGGGCGGGCCGCGAGGUGGCGGAGAAGCCUCUUCAGCCAUUGGGGCGCGAGGCCUUGAAACUGCCAGAGCUGGCGCCUCAGCACCACGACAACAGUGGCCGAGCAGAGGGCCCGCCACCGCCGCUGCCCUCCUUCGAGCCCUGCCCUCGGCCUCCGCUCUUGCCGCCGCCACAGCAUCCGAGGCUGGAGACCACAACUACCACGACGCCUCCUCAGCAGCAGCAGCAGCAGCAGCAGGAAAGCCACCAUCAGGAGACGACGGCGCCUCCGCCCCAGCGUCAGACCGUCCGCCUGGAGUUGGCGCUGAAGGACCCCACCGAGGAGAGCUGCGUGGAGUUCAGCUACCCCGAGCUGCUCUCCUCCGGCGAGCCCCGGAAAAAGUCUCCUGUCACUGAAGACCCUUUUAAUGAUGAAGAGCGGGAGAGACAUGAAGUGGAAAUGCUGGCUAAGAAAUUUGAAACAAAAUAUGGUGGAAAGUCGCACAAGCAUCGAAAGGAUCGUCUUCAGGAUCUAAUAGAUAUAGGCUAUGGCUAUGAUGAAACAGAUCCUUUUAUUGAUAAUUCAGAGGCUUAUGAUGAAUUGGUUCCUGCAUCUUUGACUACUAAAUAUGGAGGCUUCUAUAUAAACACUGGAACUCUGCAGUUCCGCCAAGCAUCUGACUCUGAAGAGGAAGAUGUUGCAGGAAGCAAAAAGCAGAAACCUCCUAAAGUAGCUAAACUGAAAGAUGGAGAAGAUCGCAAUAUGAAGAAACGCAAACGAAAAGAUGAAGAAGCAGAGAAGGAGAAAAAGCCUCGGAAAAUGAAAGUGCCCAAGCAGAUGGGGGUAAUGGCUUUGAAUUCACACAAAUCUGAAAAGAAGAAGAAAAAGCUUUACAAGGAUUCCAAUUCUCUGGCUGCUAUGAUCCGGAAAUUUCAGAAGGAAAAAGAAGCAGUGAAGAAGAAAGAUGACAACGUGAAUCCCACAGUAUCAGUUGUUACUUCUACACCUAAUAAACUCCCUGCUACCCCCAUCACAGGUGGAAAUGAUGUAUCUGACCUGAACAUCACAGAUCCAGUUCUCUCCAUUUUUGGCAGCACAAAUGAACGCGAACUUCUACAAGAUGCUGAAAGUGCCCUUGAAAUGCUGGGGGACAUUGACUUUGAUCGCUUGCUUGAUGGUACUUCUAAUGGUAGCCCAGUCUCAGAACCAUCGGGGGAGAAUGGAAGUGCCAUGCAGCUCUCCCACACUUCUGAGGUCCUGGCACUGAAACCAGUGCCUGCCCUCCCAGAUGGUCUGCCAGCAAAACUAGAAAAGUGCAUUGAAGACCUUAGAGUUGCUGCCAAGCUCUUCGAUGAAGAAGGCAGAAAGAAAUUCUUCACACAAGACAUGAAUAAUAUCUUGCUUGAUAUUGAGUUACAGUUGCAGGAACUGAAUCCUACAAUCCGCAAUGGAGUAUACUCCCACCUUGAGGCUUUUGUGCCAUGCAAUAAGGAUACGCUGAUAAAGCGUUUGAAGAAACUGCACCUCAAUGUACAGGAUGAUCGCUUGAAGGAACCAUUGCAAAAACUGAAAUUGGCCAUCAGUUGUGUCAUGCCUGAACAAUUAUUUAAAUACCAGGAAGACUGCCAGGCACAUAGUCAAGCCAAGAAUGCCAAAAUGCAAGCAGAAGAUGAGAGGGACAAGAAUGGCUCUGAGGAAGAUGAUGAUGAAAAACCAGGAAAAAGAAUUGCAGGACCAAGAAAGAAGUUCCGCUGGGAUGAGACAGUGAGGGCUUUGCUAUGUAAUCUUGUAAAAAUAAAGCUUGGCUGUUAUGAACUGGAGCCAAAUAAAAGCCAGACUCCAGAAGAUUACCUCAAGACCUUUAUGGAGACAGAGGUGAAGCCACUUUGGCCAAAAGGCUGGAUGCAAGCUAGGAUGCUUUUUAAAGAAAGCCGAAGUGUUCAUAAUCACCUCACAUCUGCUCCAGCAAAGAAAAAGGUGAUUCUGGCACCUAAGCCCAAAGCAAAGGACACUAGUCCAAAGAAGGAACAAAGAAUCUGCGCUCCUUUUACUUCUUCUUGUGUUCCUGCUUCAAGUACAAGCACUCCUAUCACAGCUCUGGCCAGUUCUAGCUGUGUCUCAGCUCCAGAAACAAUCUGUUUAGAUGACUCACUGGAUGAAGAUCUCUCCUUCAACCCACCUACUUUGGAUUCUAUUUCUGAUGCUCUGGCCGUUAUUAAUAAUGGAGCUAAGAGUUCUCCUGUUAGGUCUUCUGUAGAGACCUCAGCUUCAAGACCUCGGUCUGGGCUGCGAGAAGAGAAGUUAGCGAGUAUAAUGAGUAAGUUGCCUCUGUCGUCCUCAAAAAAGGUAGAGCCUGCUCAGACAUCACAUUCAUCAAGCCUUAUAGCUGGGCACACAGGACCAGUACCAAAGAAAUCCCAGGAUUUACUUCAGACUGGUAUAUCUUCAGGCCUUAUUGCUGGAUCUUCAAUUCAAAACCUUAAGGUUUCCUUGGAGCCCUUACCUGCCAAGCUUCUGCAACAAGGAUUACAGAGGUCAAGCCAAAUUCAGGCUGCAUCCUCUUCCCAUACCCAUAUUUCUUCUUGUAAAGCCCAAGCCACAGCUCCUGCUUCACAGAGGUCAAAGGAUACAGCUGUACUUGUAACCCCGUCAGAAGCUCAGAGUUGUGGAUCUACAACAUUACAAGUUACAAGGGUUCAUCAGCACUCUGCUCAACAAAAAUACGUGUCACCUCUACAAGCAACUAUUAGUAAAUCUCAGACCAACCCUGUGGUAAAACUCAGCAGCAAUCCCAAACUCUCCUGUUCUUCCCCGGUUCCCAAGACUUCAGAUAAAUCAGUAGUAUACCGCCUUCCUUUGUCUAAUACGACCUCUGUGAGUAGUUCUCAAAUGAUUCAUUCACUUGUGUCUCGGACAACAUCUAGCACCUCUACCUCCAGUAACUAUUUAGCCAAGGCCAUGGUAUCACAAGUUUCUGCCCAGAGUUUCAAGCCUCCCUUUUCCAUGGUUCCCUCACCCAAACCGGCUGUCUCUCCCAAACCCAUGGCACCCAAGCCUUCUGUAACACCCAAGCCUACUACAUCGCCCAAACUGUCCUCAUCAAAGUCCACCUCAUCACCCAAACCUCCCCCUUCUUCUAGUUCUUCCAGUUCAAGUGCACUAGUAUCCCAGAGUAGUCACUCCAGCAGUAACAAUUCCCUUCAUAAACAGCCUAGUGGAGUAAAUGUCACCAGGCAGUCUCCUACAAUUAAUUUACUGCCCUCUAACCGCACCUCAGGCCUUCAACCAGCAAAGAACCCUCAGGCCCCUUCAAAAUUAUCCAACACUUCUGCCUCCGGAACUGUCAGCAAAAGUAACUUGAGUGGAGCUGGAAUGAAUGUACCUAUCAACAGGGGCAGCCACCUUAAUUCAAGUGGAUCUAAUAGGACUAGUCUCACUGGAGCAGCAGGAAGUGGAACACAGGGUGCUACUAAACAAUUAUCAAUUCCGCACAGACCAUCUUCUGCCUCAGGGUCUGCAGUUAUACCAGCCAGUGUGCAGUCAACAACAGGUACGUCAUUACUGGCAAAUGCUUCACCUUUGACUCUCAUGACAUCACCCCUGUCUGUGACCAGUCAGAAUGUGACAUCGGCUCCAUUGGCUAAUUUUGGGAUGCUGGGUAGCCUUGUUGUGCCCUGUCAGUUUCCAUUGGAGUUACUUGGCUUUGGAACAGACACAGCUGGAGUGACAACCACCUCGGGAACUACCUCAGCGGCUUUCCACCACAGCUUAGCUCAAAAUUUACUAAAAGGUUUACAACCAGGAGUUCAACAUGCAGCACUGUCUCACACAACUCUGCCUGCUCACAUGCAGCAAGCCUAUACAGAUGGAGGCCAAAGUAAAGGGGACACUAAAUUACAGAGGAAAACCCAGUGAUAUCCUAUUCAGCAAGGGAGCUAAAGUGGUUCUGUUUUGCUGAUGGAGACUGACUAGUUGGGAACGUGAUUACGCAGAAACAGAGCUGCUGUUUCUGUCAGUGUUUACAUAUUCUGAUCCCAAGCACUGUGGUGAGGAGGAAGAGAAGAAGAAGAAGAAGAAGAAAACAAUACUUGAUCAAAGAGAGAAGACAAAGGAGGAAAGUGUUCUUGUAAAACCAAUUAAUAGUUUGCUCUCUUCUAAGGAACUCCCGAAUUCUUUUAUCCAUUCUGAGUGUCUCAGAAAGGGCUAGGCACAUAGGUUCAGUUGUCAAACCUACAGCAGCAUAAACCUUUUUUGGGCUGAUAUUUGAUAGAGGAUAUGUGAAAGGAAACCAUCCAUAAUCCAAGGGGUACCAUAUAUCAUUUUGACAAACUGCAGGUUCCGGAGAAGUCUACGGUAUCGAACACCUAGGAAUAUUCAGGUUUGGAUAGUGUGAAGUAUAGAACAGAAGUAGUGAUUUGUGUAGAAACAAAAUUGAAAGUAUCAUUUUCUCAAAAAAAGCCAAGGCUGCUUGCCCACCAUUUCUGUUUGAAGAGCCUAAAUGUUACAGAUAUUUUGCUUUGGUAAUAUUCACCAUAGGAAACAUCACUGAGCAUUCAGAAAUUCAAAAGCCCCCUAGGGAGGAAAGGUCAAGGAUUUAUAUUAUUUUUUUCCCAGUGUUCAAAUAUAAAGAACUAAAUUAGUUUUCAGUAUCUUCUAAAGGAAGACUUUUUUGCCCUUAGGCUUGCUGUAAUAGUUCAGAGUUGCCUUAUUUUUCAAAUAUAUAUAUAUAUAUGUGCGUGUGUAUAUACACACACACACCCAUCCAUAAAUCUCUAGUAUUCAUCCUCUGUUAAUAUAUUCUUGUCUAUGGCUCUUCUUGUAGCUCUGAAAAGUCGUACACUGUAUUGAUCCCCACCAAAUAAAAAUUACAUGUAGUUUGCUUUUGUGCAAGAUUUGCUUUUAUCAGUACUGUUUAAAGCUUUCUCCAAAGAGCGGUUAAGGUGCCUUCUAUCUAAGUCUGAAGUUCAUAUCUCCAGCAUUCUUAAGACAUACAUAGCUGGAAGAUCCAACAUUUUGAACCAUUGUUACAACUUCUAGGCUGAUUUUCAUUUUGAUAGCAAUAUAUUAGGUUUUUGGGAAACAAGUUUAAAAUACUGUCUUGUGUUGCACUCAUAGUUUGUACAAGGAGGAGUAUUUUGGUAAAAUAAUAUUGAAAACAAAUAUAAUAGCAUAACGUAUUAUGCUAUAAAAGCUUCUGUGAUCUACUCUAGACACUAUAGACUCUAAUUUAAAGUAUUUUUUUCAUUUAAAUCUGAUAUGUCCUCAGGUUUUCAGGCUUAAUAUAGAAUUGGGCAUUUUUUCAAAGUUUCUGUGGGGUAUGUACAUACAGGACAGCAUAUAAUAGCUUGUGAUUUCUAUGAAACAUCAGCUGCAAUAAUUUGCACUGCUGAAGAAGGAAGUCAGAUUUACAGCAGACAGGCAUCUUGUCUAUGAAGCAGUGAGAGUAGCUGCAUACAAGUUUCAUAGAAAUAUGCAGCUUUGUUUCUACCUCAAUUAUGCAUAUACUCUCGUUGUACAGAGUGAAUACAUCUGCUGUUUUCUACUAGAUGCGUUUUUAGUCACUAGGUUUACAGAGGUUUUUCUCCUUUUGUUUAGAAAGCCAAAUAGCUUAUCAUAUUCAUUUAGACUUCUCUUUAAUUGUUUAUGUAAAAAGAUACGUAUAUUUAAAUAAUAUAUACUUAAAUACAGUAACUGAAUGUUGGGUUGAGCCCCGUAGUAAAGAACUUUGCACAGAAUUGUGAAAUAAAAAAAUUAAGCUCAA